AGGUCUCUCUAUAGUAAAAUUUUUUAAACACUGUCAGAACAUCAGAAAAUUGCAUAAAGAAAGCAUCGCGUUAACAUAUAGAAAUUCUUUAUCGCAGUAUUUAUAUAGAAAAAUUUUGCUAUGCAAAUGAAAUUCAAACACAAUUUAUAAAGUAAAAAUAAAAUUUUGAAAAAAUGAUAUUUUUUUUAUAUUUUUAAAAACUAAGUUGUGAAUGUUUUUUCAAAAAAUGGAAUAUUUGAAAACUAAUGAAUUUUUCAUGACUGCUUUAGGGCAAUGGCCUUAUAGGAGCCGUAUUUUUAAUCGAGUAACACGUACUUUUGUUUUUGUUUCUUGUAUAGCGUUAUAUAUACCACUACUGACAGCAUUAUAUGUAGCAAGGGACAAUUUUUAUAACUUUAUUAUAUGCAUUCCAAUGAGUGUGACGAGUAUUGGUUGUUUAGUGACAUAUAUAUUUUUUCUUAUCAAAACACCAGACAUACUAUUUUUAUUAGACAAAAUUUUAGAAAAUUUCAAAGAAAUCGAACCAUUUGAUGAAGAAUUUCGUAUUCUAAAUAAAUCGUCAAAUGAGGGAAAAAUUAUAAAUCUAAUUUAUAUGAUUUAUAUGUCAACGUCCAUAGUUUUUUUUUAUACAGUAACAUUAACACCACAAAUUCUUGAUAUUUUUUUACCACUUAAUGAAACACGGAAAAAAAUUUAUGCAGUGGAAUUAGAAUAUAUUUUUUUUGACAGAGAUGAUUAUUAUUGGUUUGCUUAUAUACAAUCAUUAAUUGGCGGUGUAUUUUCUAUUAUUACCGUCAAUACUUUUGAUAUUAUGCUAUAUACUUUUAUACAACAUGCUUGUGGAAUGUAUCGUGUUUUGUGGUAUCGUUUGCAAAAUAUUAUAAAUAUAGAAAAGACAAAUGAAUUUAUGAAUCACGAGGAGAAGAUGCACAAAAAUGUUGUUGAUUGUAUUUUAUUACAUAAUCAAAUACUUGAGUAUGUGGAAAGACUCGAUUCAUGUUUUACAGAGUGCUUAUUUCUAACUUAUGGAUGUAUAAUACUAUUAAUGACAUUUGAAGGAGCAAUGAUUAUACUAAAUAAAACUGAAAUGGAUAUUACAACAAAAUAUAUCGCUUUUGCUAUUGGUCAAAUAAUUCAUCUUCUAUACAACUGUGUUCCUGCACAAAGACUAAAGGAUCAUAGUAUAAUUGUUAAUGAAUAUCUAUAUUCCUCUCAUUGGAAUAAUAUGCCUUUGAAAAUAAGAAAAUUAUUAUUGCUGAUGAUGAUAAGAAGUUAUAAAGAAUCUAAACUAUCGUGCGGAAAAUUCUUGACAUUAUCUUUGGAAACAUUCAGCUCAUUGAUGAAAACGAUUUUCUCCUAUUUAAGUGUUCUAAUUUCUAUGACCAAUUAAGUUACAUAAAAUUUUAUACUUUGAUUCAAGGACAGAUAAUGGCAAUAAUGAUAUAUAAUAAUAUAAUAAUAUAUUAUAAUAAUAUAAUUAUAUAAUUAUAUAUUAUAAUAUUUGUAAAUAAAAAAAAGAUGGGGGACAAUGGCUUCCGAAUACGGUAUAUGUAAUCCAAGUUUGACAAAAAUAUGUUAAAUUUUCUUAAAUAAAACAUUAGUUCUUCAAACAAAAUUUUCGGAUGUCUUAAAAUUAUUCUAAAUUAACAAAAUAAAACAAUAA